AUGAAAAAACCACAAGAGACCUUCUGCUGGUCCCAUGGAGAGAAGAAGAAUAACCACCAAGAAAAUAAUUUUUAUAGCAAAUUUUGGGACAAUCCAAGGCAAGUUAUGGCUCAAGUUGUAGAUCUAUAUGGAAAGAUAUGGCACGGUUUUGAAGUUAUGGACAUGGAACAUCUCCCUAAAGGUCCAGGGAUUAUUAUUACUUACCACCCAGCUUUUCCUAUCGACUAUGUAUUAUUUCUGGCUAAACUUUAUAAAAAGACAGGGAUACUUAACCAUUCGCUAAUUGAUCACAUGUUGUAUUGGACGCCAGGGAUGAAGAUGCUUUUGGAUGUGUGCUUGGCGAGAGAUUUCACGAAUGCUGAAUGUUUGGAAAUUCUGAAGAAAGGCCAUUUACUGAGCAUUUUACCUGGUGGAGCUAGAGAAGGAAACUUUAGUAAUGACUACAGCUUAAUGUGGGGUAACCGCACAGGUUUUGCUCGGCUAGCUUUGGAGGCGAAAGUUCCCAUCAUUCCUAUAUUUACCCAAAACACGUGUGAAGUAUACAGGACCAUUGGAAAGACAAGGCUGACAAAAUGGCUGUAUGAGAAAACGCGAUGUAUAUUUCUUCCCACUUAUGGAGGGUUCCCAGUGAAAUUGAGGACAUAUGUUGGAGAACCUAUCCCAUAUGAUCCAAAUAUAACUGUCACAGAGCUGGCUGAAAAAGGAAAGACUGCACUUGAAAAUCUUCGGGAUAGACACCAAAAAAGGCCAGGAAAUAUAUUAAGAGCUCUUUUAGAACGAUUUGAUAAGCAUGACAAAGCCAACUAGUCCAUAUAAAACAAACCAUGUGUUUGUAAUAGGAAAAAUUAAUAAUUAUGUAAUUAAAGCUAAGUUAACAUGUACAGAAUUGUGCUGGAUUAUGUAUUUAUCUGGAAGGGUCACUAGCUCAGUAGCUUAGCACCUGCUGUGUGUGCGGAAGGUCCUAGGUUUGGAAGAGGCCCUAUCCUACAAGACUCCCAGAAUGCCCCUUUUGGGGGAACUUACACUAGUAGAGCCAGAAUCACAAAGUAUAACAGGAAGGCGAGUGUUUAAUUGAAACAUUAAAUAAUGUUACAUCUGAAAAUGUAAUAGCUAUAAA